UUCUCUUUCAUUUUUAUUCCUUUCUUUUCAUAUUCUUUUUCUAUGGACACCGGUUUUUCAUUCGCCCAGCCAGAUGACUACACACAGCUUCUAACAGAGCUCCAUUCAGAGUACUGCCGUGAUCAGCCUGAAGAUGUACUUCAAUAUUGCGCCAAUUUCUUCAAUCAUAGACUUCAAGAACAACGUACGAUGUUACGUCAACAGCGCAAUCCCCAGAAUUUUGAAGACAAUGAGUUACAUCCUCUUGCGGGGCAUAACCAAAUGUUUGGUGACCAACUAUCAGACAGUGACAAAGACGAUGAUUUUGAGAGCAUCGAGGCUUCGGAUGAGGAACGGGAUGAAUUUACUGGAGAGCUCCUGUCGAUGGCUCCCCCACCUACCUACAGCCGCGACCGUCGCACUUCGGUCAGCGCCGAAUCAAUGGCACCUACUCAGGGACGCGACUUUGUUAAAACAGUGAUUCCCAAGAGUCCUGAGCAGUGUGCUCGUAUUCGUGAGAGUGUUGGUAAUAAUUUCCUGUUUCGCAGUCUUGAUGAGGAACAGUACCAGGACGUGGUGGAUGCGAUGGCCGAGAAACAGCUGCCUAUCCAUGAACGUGUGAUUGAACAAGGAGCUGUGGGGGAUUACUUUUAUGUGGUUGAACAUGGUACACUAGACUGCUAUAUAACCAAGAAUGAUGCCGAACCGGUCAAGGUUACAAGUUAUGAAGCUGGCGGUAGUUUCGGUGAAUUGGCUUUGAUGUACAAUGCGCCAAGAGCAGCGACGAUUAUUGCGACAUCGGAUGUUGUAUUGUGGGCCCUCGAUCGGGUCACCUUUAGAACGAUCCUUAUGGAAAACACUUCUAGAAAGAGGCGAAUGUACGAAACCUUUUUAGAAGAGGUUCAUUUACUCAAGUCGCUCGAGCCAUAUGAGCGCCACAAGAUUGCUGAUGCUUUGGAGUCAGUUCAUUUUGAAGAUGGUCAGAAAGUUGUAACCCAGGGCGAUAUCGGUGACCAUUUCUUCAUUAUCGAGUCAGGAAAGGCUGGAGUAUUUAAGACUGAUGGUGAAGGAACUGCUCAUCAAGUCAAUCAACUCUCUCGAGGAUCUUAUUUUGGUGAAUUGGCUCUCUUAAAUGAUAGUCCGCGUGUUGCAAGUGUGAUUGCUCAGGAAUAUCUGAAAUGUGCUACUCUUGGUAAAAAGGCCUUCACGCGCUUGUUGGGGCCUGUUCAUGAAAUUCUGAAGCGUAAUUCAGAGAAUUACUAUGCAGUUAUUAACCAGCAAGAGAGACAGAUUGAGUAAAGAUAUCUCAAUAAUCCCUGUCAUAUCCCCGGCCGCCCCUUUCUUCUUUUUCUUUUACCUCUGCAGUUUUACAAUCCACUCAGUUUCCCCUUAUUUCCUCCCUCUCUAUCUAUACAUAUCUAGACAAAGCAUCCUAUCGCAUACAGAAAGAUUCCUUUUUAUUUUCUUGUUCUUUUACCCCUUAAAUAAGAGUAUGUUGCCUAG